AUGAACAAGAGAAGAGAAGAGGAAGCUCUAAAAACAUUGGCGAACCUUCGCGGGCUGCCGGAUGAUCACGAGCUCGUUCAAGUCGAGCUGCUCGAGAGCAAGGCAGAGGUCCUUUUCGAACGCAAGCCCUUCGCUAAGCAGUUUCCGGACGUCAAGAUCGAUAGCAUCUUUCGCCGAGAGAUCGCUCAGUACGUCACCAUCUUCCGUAAUAAGGACUCGUUCAAGCGUGUGGCGCUCGGCAGCUUGGUUAUGUUCUUUCAACAGUGGUCCGUCAUUUAUUAUGCUCCCAUCAUCUUUCAGAAUCUGGGUCUCACCAGUACAAGCACCAGUCUGCUGGCCACUGGCAUCACAGGAGUCAUCAAUGUUGCCGUCACGAUACCGGCGAUCAUGGUAUUAGACCGAUUCGGUCGCAAGACACUGGGCAUAUCCAGCAGUAUCGGGAUGUUCAUCUGCCUACUGUCUGUCGGCAUCAUCGUUGCAGUAGGAUCAACCGUUAUCGAAUUUGGCUUCUGA